UGUCCAGGUGAGCGCACGGGUCGAGGCUGUGAACGGCGGUGUUUGAGUUCAGCUUAGAAACGUCUUUGGAGGAGUUUUAUUUUCCACCUUUUUCUAUCUCCCUCUUUGUGUUCGGAGGUUUUGUGUAACCGCAUCGUUUUGUCAUCAUGCGGGGAUCACGUGCCGCAAUCGUCCUGCUGUCGCUUCUACAAGUGUCCAUGUGCAUUCAGGUGAUUGUUCCUCAGCAGGAGCGCAGCACGGCUCUGUUUGCCUCAGUGGUCCUCCGCUGUGACUACUCCACCUCUGCGAACCUCCAAGAUGUUCUGGUCACCUGGAGGUACAAGUCCUUCUGCAAGGACCCCGUGCUGGAGUACUACUCCACAGCGUACCAGUCUGCACUACAGUUGGGCCAGGACCCGUCCAAUGACUGUCCAGAUCGUCAGCGGACGGUGCGCACAGUGAUCCAGAAGAGGGGGAGCAACGAGCCGACGCUGGGAGCAGAGUACCGUGAGCGCAGGAUCACCAUCCAAAACAAGGCCGACCUGGUGAUCACUGAGGUGAUGUGGUGGGACAACGGGGUCUACUUCUGCUCUGUCGACGCUGCCGGAGACACCUCUGGAGACUCUGACAAAGAAGUCAAACUCAUCGUUUAUCACUGGUUGACAGUGUUGUUCAUCAUCAUCGGAGCCCUCCUCCUCAUCCUCCUCUUCUGUAUCUGCUGCUGCCAGUGCUGCCCUCAGAGAUGCUGCUGCUAUGUUCGCUGUCCCUGCUGCCCACAGCAAUGCUGCUGUCCUGAAAAAGCGGUGAUGCAGCAUCGUAUGAUGAAGGAGGCUCAGAGGGCCAUGGCUCCCUGGUUAGGAGGGCAGCCGGUGUAUGGACCAAUGAGCCACGCCUCCUCCCAGAUGAACCCGCUGCUCUACCCUGGGUCCGUCUCAGGCAAGAGCAUCCCUUUGAAGCCCAUGCCCCUCCCCCCUCCUCAGUCCUCGUCUUACAGCAUGCCCCCUCCCAGUGGCCAUGGCAACCACACCCCUGCCAACACCAAUCACAUGCUUGAUUACCUGGAGAGCCAGGUGAGGGGGAUGAACGCGACCAGUCCUCUGCUACAGUCCCAGCCACCUCCACCCCAGCACAUGCAGCAGAUCCCGCCUCCUCCACAGCACAUGCAACCCAGUGUCCCAUUUUCCCCCGGCCCUCCCAGCAUGAUCUCCGCCCUUGACGAUGGCCCGAUGGAGCGUCGCGUCAUCACACUUCCACCAAUAAGAGAGCAGCACCCGGGCAGGCUCCCACCCCCCGCGCCCAAGACUCGCCCCCCGAGCUCCAGCGAGAGCAGCCGCAGCGGCUUCGGCCGUCGUGACGAGCGAGGUGCGGCGGGCAGACGUUACCCUUCACCCGCCCGGUCUAGAGGCAUUCCCAGGAGCUACAGCGAGGAGUCACUGGAUGGGCGGAGUCGCAACGGGGCGCGAGGAGGCAUGGACCGCCCCCGCUCACGUUCCAGAGAUGACCUGUUUGACAGCAGGUCCAGAGGAAACUACUCUCCCCCAGCAUCACGGCGCCCGAGAGGAGGGUCCUGGAGCUCGGACGAUGAGGGCAGCAGCAGGAGAGGAGGAGGCGGAGGGAGGAGAGGAGGCGGAGGCUGGGCUGACCAACCUCCCAGCUACACAGAGUACGAACCCGGACACAAACCGGGACACAAACCAGGAGCACGGAGGAAUGACCCCUACUCCGACAAGAGUUCUCGCAGUGGCACCAGCAUCGUCAUCUGAACCCUCCAGCUGUGAAACGCCCUGUGACCUCUGUGUCAGAGAACACGCACACCUCACUAGAACUGGGAGCCUUGUUGUCUGGCUGCUGGUAAAUGUUUAAAUGCCACCAUUUUUAUAAAUUUGAGAGAAUCAUAAGUGAACAGCUGGCAGAAGGAUUCAUAAAAAGUGAAACAGAGAGAUUCAGACACUUGGAAUAAUCUUCCUCCUCAGAGUGUGCAGGCAGCAAAAAAAAUAAUCUUUUUUUUAAGAUAUUGUUUUAAGAAAGUCGUUACUGCGACACAACGGAGCAGAAUUCUGGGAUAGUACUCCCUUCCUUCUGCUAGUUCAUCAGUGUAAUGCAAAUAUUCUGAGGCGAUAUGGACUAAAAGCCUUCUUUUACACGACUCCUACACAGCAUGUGGCUUUUAGGAUUUCUCCUCUUAAGACUGUUUGUUUGGCAGUAACAGUUAAUUCUUGUCUUUGAUAACAAUCAUAAAGUGCAGAAUGGAUGACUCUCAGGGCCAGUAAAUCAACAUUUUGUUGUUACAUUAGCCAAGUGCUAUUUAAACCCCUUUAAAUAUGAAUAGACUCUUGUGAAUGCUGAAAUUAGUUUGUAGCUUUUUAUAAUUUUUGUAAAUAGUUAUUUUUCAUAUAUCCUGGAUGUGUUGAAGUGGCUUUACUGUACUUGUUUGACUUAAUUUUUGAAAGAAAAGGCUUAUAUUAACAUUAAAGUUCCUGUGUGAAGGAUUUUGGGGGAUCUAUUGGCAGAAAUUAGAUAUACUAUUCAGAGUUAUGUUUUCAUUAGUUUAUUAUCACCGGAAAAUAAGAAUUGUUCUCUUAGAAAGAGCUCUGUAUCUACUGAGGGUGCGAGUCCUCUUCCACCAAGUCUGCCAUGUUUCUACAGUAGCCCAGAACAGACUAACCAAACUCUGGCUCCAGGGAUGGGACUUUCUUGUUUUUAGCGGCCACCGCAGGGAAGGGUAAGGCGAGGGCUGCCCAGGUGGUUGCAAUUUGCAAACACACCACUAGAUGCUGCUAAAUCCUACACACUGGAUCUUUAAGUCAUCCUCUGUUUAGAUAAUUAUAAAGUGGUUUUCAAACCUUUGUAAGCUGAAUGCAGUAAUUACACUUAGUGCUCAUAAAUAACUGUAAACUAUUUUUCAUGGUUUUAAUGUAAGAAAUGAAGUCAUGUCAAUGUUACUGGUCCAAGUUUUUUUUUUUUUUCUUUUUAAGUUAUGGUUGUCAGCACAAAAUGAAAAUAUACCUGAUUUCUUUUUCUCCCCUCUUGCUUGAAUCUUGGUAUAUUUCAGAAAUACACAUUGAACUAAAAAUCACUCACACAUGGAAAGUUGUUGAUGUUUUUAAGUUUUUCUCUCUUUUUUUUUGUUUUUACACUGUACAAGCAGUUUGUGUUUAUUAAUUGUAUAGAUAAUAAACAUUUUACCUUUUGGGUAGAACACAA